AUGGCGGCAUACUACGAGAAUUCGCAAUCGCAAUGGCCUCCCGCUCCUCCUCCUCAGGUCGGUGGCGGCUGGGAUCACCAGACCCCUCCUCCCGCGCGGUCCGGUGCUAGUUCGGUCAUCCCCCGCGAGGAGCCUGCGGCGUUUUCCCACCAGCUCGAGGAGGUUGACCGUGCCAUCGACAACCUGCUCAAGAGCGGGAAGAUGUAUGGAGCGCCUGGCGUGGGUGGUCGUCGUGAGUUUGUUCCUCCUAACAUGAUUGCUGCACCCAGGAGAUACCCAGGCUUCGAUCCCCGUGCUCCCGGCGGUGGCCCCGGAUCCCGUCCCCACUCCGUGGCCGACUUUGGUGAUGUCCGCGGGGGUCCUCCUCACCAGAACCCGACCAACCUGCAGAACUUCUACGCAUCGCAGCGGCACCAGACCUCGCGCGGCUCGAACGAGGCGGAGCAGAUGAUGCAGGCCAAGAGGAGAAUGGCUGCUCAGCGGGAGCGUGAGCUUCGUAAUUACCAUCAGGAGCAGCAAUACAACCGGAGUAGGCCGCCCUCUUCUGUAUAG